AUGCAGUUGAAUACAACAGAACAUUUUAAAAUUAAUAACACGUCCCUUCGAGAGCCUAGGUUUGGAUAUGGCCCGCUGCUUGGUCUGUUACUUGCGAAUUUGCUUUCAAACUCGGUCAUAGCGAAGUACGCUCCCUUAGGUGCCUUACGUCUAAGCUACGAGCCCGUACCGUGGCGUCCUGUUAGUCCAGCUAACAACCACUUCACCGAGAACGACCAUUACAAUUAUUGGCAUCCAAUAAAGAACCCUUACGGGCCCCCGCUACCUCCAGACUCUGCAUCGACAGAUAACGAUGGUCAACACAUCCAUCACCAUCACCAUAUCGACGCCUACCCCCCUGCGAAUCAGCAACAGAUCGUCAACAUCAACGAACGCCCUCCUACAGAGAUAUUAAUUGAUGAUGAAUCUACCGAAGUGGAUAACGAACCUGCGACUGAAGACAGCAACUCGGAAAUAAUCCAUAGCGGUGAUUUCCACGUAGUUAACACCAACAUUGAAAGUCCUCAUCUGGAAGAUACAAUUGCCGAAGAGUCUAAUUUAGCGCCACUCCUUCUAAACCUAACGACUACUGUAACUGAAGACAAUACAACGCUUACGCCUAAGAAAACCGUUAAGAGAGGGGCUUCUAACAGACACGCCCCAAAAAAAAGAAGCCCCGGCAAACGCAGAAGGUUAACAACGACUCCUGACUACUACUACGACAGCUACGAAGAUGCCACCACCACCAACAGGUACAGGUCCAAGAAUAGGCAGAAACCCAAGAGACCGGUCGAUUCUUACGAAGACGAGUACGACUACGAUUAUGAAUUCACCACUAGACCGUACAAAAAGCGAAGGAGAACCACUGUAAACCCCAGGAAUAGAAAUAAAAACAGGAGGAAGCAACAGAGGGCAACCACUAUCGCAAGUAACUACGACGAUGACUACGAUUACGAUCCAAUAACUCAGAUCGUUAUACUGAGACAGAGGCAAACCGUCACACCAACGGAAACAGUGAUAACGAGCGGUAUGACCACUGAAUCCACUACCACCACUACCACCGGUACCACGACGACUACUGGGACUUCCACCACCACUUCAAACUCCACAAAUGCAACCGGAUAUGGUUAUGGCCCGUCCAACGGCAACGAAGGAAUAAGCAUCACUUACGGUCCGCCACAAGGUGAACCUCAAGGAUCCUACGGUCCCCCUCGACCUUCCUAUGGACCACCAAGACCUUCUUACGGACCUCCAAAACCAGCGUACGGUCCUCCAACCGGUGGUCAGUACCAACUGCCGUAUUCGGAUUGGUAUAGUAACGAGGCAACGAGAAAUGGUAUAGUUAAGAGAAUAAACGACAUUAUUGGCUUUGACAACGCGUUUUAG